AUGCUCCAAAGACGCCAAGAAGGCUUUGAACCGCCUACCCCAUCGAUACCGAAAUCUGGUGGAGCCAUGGCACAGCAGGAUCUGAGAGGUCAGACACCACCGAACACAGGUUCUGCUUUCUCUUUUUCCUCUCGUUCCGACCAAACUCCGUUGCUUCCGCACCAGAAUUCUAACCAUGAGAAUAAUGGUAUGCCCAAGCCUCGAGGCUAUCAAUUGGAGUUGUUUGAGCAGGCCAAAAAAGAGAAUGUGGCUGUAGUACUGGACACAGGAACGGGAAAAACAAUGAUUGCUCUCCUUUUGACUCAUUAUAUGCUCUUCUCGGAAAAUUCUAACCCGAAUUCCAUGAUUGUUUUUAUUGCGGAGAACAAAAUUUUAGUAACUCAACAAUAUAACUUUAUAACAAAUGGGUUGAAGCAGUUUCAAAAAAUGGAUUUCUCCAAUGAUGAGUUUUCUAACAAACAGGUUGAUUCAGACCCAAAUGACAUUGAUGAAAUGUGUGCAUGCUAUAUUGGAGGAGAGAGUGGUCUAUUGACAAAGAUAAUGUCGAAAAAACUGCUGCAGAAAAAGAGAUUUAUUGCAACUACUGCCCAAUUUCUUCACAACAUGCUGAGCCACAAUGCGCUAAAUAUGGAACAAAUUUCUCUGCUCAUUAUUGAUGAAUGUCAUCAUUGCGGAGAAGGAGAUCAUCCUUACAAAAGCAUCAUGUCUCAGUUCUAUCGUCCACUUAAGGAGGAGCUACGACCAAAAAUAUUUGGCAUGACGGCUUCGGCCAUUAAUUGUAAAGGGGAUGUGACUGAAAAAUCACUUCAACAAAAAUUGCAGUUAGAGUAUUCUUUAGAUUGCAAAUUGACAACCAUUAUGUCAGGUACAGAAUUGUACAAUGAAUUGCUGGAACACACAAAUUUACCUGAAGAGACUGUAAUACCUUACAGACACAAUAUUAACAUUGAUAGUGACUUUGUCGAAAGGUUUGAAGAUUUUCUGAUACAAACCAUCAAACGCAUAGUGUCGAGCAAAGAAACGAUGCUUGCUGAAGAUUUAGAAAGUAUUCUCCAAAAGCUGAGUGGUGAACUAUUGUACCUUUAUCAUGAACUUGGUGCUUGUGCAAUCAUCGAAUAUUUCAACCUUCUCUUUGAUAUCAUUGGAGACGUUAAAACCUCCGAAGAAGAUGAGUGCAAAACAAUGAUUGACAGCAUUGCACACUUUCAUGGGAAAGCUGCCUUUGAGGCAUCUUCCACCCCGUAUUUGGAAUUGAAUGUUGACAAAAACAUCAAAGGAGAUAUAAUGCGAUCACUACACACAUUUCUGCAAGGUGAAGAAACAUUUAUGGAGAGUAUGAAAACAGCCAGCUUGAUUGAACUAUUGAAACAGAAUUAUUGGGACUCUAACACCGAAACUUUUAACGAUUGGGUGAGAGGUCUUGUUUUUUGUGAAAGAAGGAUUGCCACUGUACUUCUCUCGAGAUAUUGCUCACGUGUAUUGGGCAUGAAUUGUGAUUUUAUUGUAGGUCAUAACUCCGACAAUACCAAAAAAGCUUUUGGUUUAAAGGGAAACGUCACACCUUCCAAGCAACAGAAGAAAAUUAAAUCAUUUAGAGAGGGUGAAAUUAAGUGCCUAUUCUGCACCAACGUUGUUGAAGAAGGCUUUGACAUUCCAGCAUGUAAUUUAGUCAUUCGUUUUGAUCCCUUUAAUGAUUAUCUAAGAGCCUACAUUCAAAGCAGAGGAAGAGCCAGAAAAAAGGGCAGCAAAUUCAUCAUUAUGAUAGAUGCAGAUGAUGAAAAGCAAGCUAUAUUUUGCUCGAAACGAAAAGUUGUGCAUGCCCAAAUGCAACAGUUAAUUUGUGAGGAUCAUUCAGAGGUACGACAAAAUUUUGUUCCACCACAAGACAUGCCUCCUUUUGGAUACGUGACACCUACUGGCGCAAAAGCAACUAUGACUUCAAGCAUUCAAAUUGUUAAUAGAUAUUUCAGCUUGAUUUCAGGUGCUUAUUGCACCGACAAAAAGCCAAAGUUUAUGACUUUUGAAUAUCGAGGAGAAUUUAUCACUCAACUUGUUCUUCCUGAUAAUUGUCCAGUACAUCCACGAACAAUUUCUAAUGACGAGCAAGACGAUCCUCCAUAUUUUCGAUGGAACAAAACAGAUUCCAAGAGAUACUGUGCCCUAAAAGCAGUCAAAAUACUUCAUGAACACAAAGAAUUGGAUGAUAACUUAUUCCCGACUUACGGCUCAAAAUCUUACAUUUCUAUUUCGCAGCAACAGAAACUAUCUUUUGACAAGACGAAACAAAAAAUUAAGAUUCCAAAAGCGUUCAAGGGAGGCAAUUUCGUCAUUCAUGAUACUCAAGAAAUUUAUUUUUAUGACAUUUUUGUGGACAAUGUUGACAGUAAUUUUCAGUUGGUUUUGCCAAAGAGAAUCGACAAGGACUAUGAAGACCUACUACAUAUUGAAAUAAGAGGUUCACGUAAAGUGCUAAUCCAGUAUUCGAAUUCGAGAUUUGUAGAUGUGAAUUGGAUACAAAAAAGUUUUGAACAUCAUGAUUUCAUGUUCCGUAAACUAUCCAAACUCAACCGUUCGGAUGCCAUGGAUGAAUUUGAAUACUCUCUUAGGCAAUGGAGUUUUUUUGUGUUACCAAAGAACAUGGAAGAACACUUUACCAAUGUUCCGUUGUUAGACAUUAUUCGAGAAAGAGGAAGUAAUAACACUUCAUGGAUAAAGGAUAUGGUUCUAGAGACGAGUUAUAACCACAAAAUAUAUUUGGCCAACCGAGUAAGAUUUGAUUUGAACCCUAAUUCAGCCUUUUCUUCUCCUGAAUUUUCUUCCUACAGAGAAUUUUGUGAAAAACGUUGGAACUUGGUGGUCAAUGAUUUGAAUCAACCUCUUAUUGAAGUAUAUCAGCCUAAAUUUUCUUCUCUUGGUAGAAAUUACACCGAAAUACAAUCAAAUUCUGCGGUGAUAAUUGUUCCUGAAUUUGUGAAUGCAUGCUCAUUCUCAAUAGAUAUGAUGAGUUUCAUCAGAAACAUACCAGAAAUACUGUACAACUUAAGACAUCGACUACUCACGAUAGAGCUAUCCAAAGCACUCGAUUUUUUUGAUCCUUUGAGAAAGUUUAAAGAUUUCAACAAAACUUUAGAUGGACUUAAUUUGUUGCAAGAAGCAAUAACAGCAAAAAGGACGAAUUUAAAAAUUAACUAUGAGAAGUUAGAAUUCUUUGGGGAUACCAUUCUCAAAUACAUCACUUGUAAGAAGCUAUUCUUUUCAUUUCCAGAUUUGCCGCCUGGCCAAUUGUCAAGAUUGAAACAACAACUUGUUAGCAAUGAACACCUAGCUAAUGCUUUCAUGAGAAGCAAUCUUGAACACUUUAUACUAACAGAACCACUUUCUCAUGGUCUCGUAGUCAAUAACUUGGUUCCAUUCUCAGAGAAUAAUUUUGAGGACUGGGAGGAAAUGAGAAAUCAAGAUAUGAAGAAGAAGGUGUUAGCAGAUGUUGUUGAGAGUAUUAUUGGAUUUUGUUAUCUUCAAUUUGAAGACAUGAGUUAUGUUGAACGUUUUUUAGAGCGAAUUGGGGUUCACUUUCCAAACAAAAACACUAUUGAAUAUACCGAGUUUUUGCCAGAAAGCAUUAAAACAAGAACCUUAGAUUCUUUGCUAGAGAUAGCAGAGAAGGGCAUUAUUCCGAGUGUUGAAUGGCAAAUUUCAUACGUUUUCAAUAACAAGAAGCUUAUAUUGGAGGCCCUCAUCCACGCGUCCUAUAAUUCAAAAGUUAACUAUGAACGAUUUGAAUUUUUGGGUGAUGCUAUUCUUGACAUGAUUGUUACAAAACGUAUUAUGAAUGAAUUUUAUGUGAAGGUCAAAAACAGCAGUAACGCUCCUGAUCUACCAAGCAUGAAUGAGCUUCGCGAGCGAAUUAUUCAGAACAAGUCAUUUACCGCCAUUGCUGAUAGCUUGAAGCUUUACGACUAUAUUAUUUUUUCUGGCGAAGAUAUUGUGAAUAACAUGCUAGCUUUCAUCACCUCCAAAGAUCCAGAGAAUAUAAUGGUAAAAAUUUUGAGUGACGUCGUGGAAAGCAUUGCAGCAGCAAUUUAUUUGGACAACAAUAAUUGUUUGGACAGUGUGGAAGUUGUGUUUGACACUUUUUGGGAGCAGUUCCUAAAUAAGGAAUUUGAAGAGACAAGAACCAAAGCAAAACAAAGGAUUCAUGGACUCUCUGAACUUUAUUUUGAUUCAGCUUCUGAACACUCUGAAAUUGCUCUUUUCUUGUUGAAAAAUCUGCAUAGAGACCCUUCUAUUGUGCUGAAUGAGAUGUUGCAGAAAUUUGUGUGGCUCAAGUACCCAGAAAGUGUGAACAUUAUUUUUCAAGAGACGACCAUUAAGCCAGAGCCCCCAAGGAAACUUGAUGCAAAUUUCAUAAUCACGUUUAUUGGCCACUCCUUCAUUGGAACAGACAGGAACUUGAAAGCGGCUAAAAAGAAAGCAGCCGCUGAUGCUCUUCUUUUCAUGAAAGACCAUAGCAAUAAUUUGUUUGAUCUCAUUGAUGAUUACAUACAAGCCAAUCAAGUGACGGCAAUGAUGAUGUGA